AAAUUUAAAAAAAUGUUGAUAAAUCAAAGGCUGUAGAAGCAUAAGUAAAUUAAAAAAAUCCAAUUAAAAAGUUUAAAAUAGAGAGUUUUAAACAAGUAAUAGUAUGUUGAAAUUUAAUAAAAUUUUGCGAAAUACAAGUAGCAAUUUGAUUUAAUGUAAAAGUAGAUUUUAGAUUACUAUACUUCAAUUAAUGCAAUAAUAGAGGAUCUUUAGAAAGAGAAUAAAUGUAUAUAAGGAUAAAGAGAAUAGGAUUGAAAUUGUAUGAUUAAAUAAAUUAGAAUUUAUGUUUAAAAGUUUGUGUGUAUUUAGGAUUAAAAUGUAAAUUAGGAUACUUGUAAAAAUUGUUAGUUAUAAUAUUAAAAUAACAAUUAAUUAAGG